GACGCGCCGUCCCCCGGUUUCUUUGCAGCAGCCAAACCCCGGAUCAUUCGCCGGGGCCGACAACGACGGCCGCCUUGCCUGCACUUACUCCCACGGCAGCCUCAGCAUCGAUGGCGUUCGAGACCCUGGUCAUUGAGUCGAACAACAUCAGCCUCAGUGUCCCGCAGCCCUCCGGCGAGCGCCAGCUGUGGUCACGUCUCUGGGGAGCUGGCCUGAUCCUGGCCGACCUGGUGCCCCUCGUUGUGCCGUCGGCCCAAUCCCACCCCGGCAGCAGCGAUUCAGUCCAGAGGGUCAUCGAGCUCGGCAGCGGACUGGCCCUUCCGUCGUUGGUGGCGGCCCGUUUGGGAGCGCAUGUCACCAUGACGGAUGCCUCGGCCGAAUCGCUGGCCCUGGCCGAGCUGAAUGCCAAGUCCAACUCGAUCCAGGUGUACCCCAGCAACCCCGGCGACCCUGCUUCUGACAAGCCCGCGGGCGAAUGUGUCUGCACCCGCAAGCUGAACUGGUACGAUCCUCUGGAAGCCGAGCUUGCUUCCACGUACGACUUGGUGCUCGGCUCCGAUAUCAUGUAUAUGAACCGGCUGCUACGGCCGGUGGCUCGGCAGGUCCGGCAUCUUCUCAAGAGCGAUGGCAAGGCUCUGUUGGUCGAUGCGGGCCGCUGCUUUGGGGAAGACUUUCUGGAGAUUUGCGAAGAAUAUGGGCUCAAGGUAUCCCUCAUCGAGCAAGCCAACGUACGGGCGUCCGGGUUCGUCCUCAAGAAGGCUGUGGUGAUGCUCGUGGGCUUUGAUGACGACACACGGCAGAGGAUCACGGACAAGCUUCGGUCAAUGAGCGCACCAUCGGCCGACCCUGAGCAGUUCGGCUACUGCCUCUGAGCGAAGGAGCUGCUGCCGACAGAGAUAUGUCUCGGGGCGGCGUGCUGCAAUAUUCGAUCGCAGACAGACCCAAGAUGAUGAUGAUGAUGAUAAUGAUGAUGAUCGGCGACUUGGAUCGCAGCCGUGACCAUCGACAGGAAUCCGUUCUGCCUGAGCCAGAGUCGUUGUUCUGCCCGAGCUGUGUGCCCCGCCCCCUCAUUCAGCCUCCU